AUGGGGCGUGGAGCUACUCACUUCCCCCCACCCAGCUACUCACUUCCCCCCACCCAGCUACUCACUUCCCCCCACCCAGCUACUUACUUCCCCCCACACAGCUACUCACUUCCCCCCACCCAGCUACUCACUUCCCCCCACACAGCUACUCACUUCCCCCCACCCAGCUACUCACUUCCCCCCACACAGCUACUCACUUCCCCCCACACAGCUACUCACUUCCCCCCACCCAGCUACUCACUUCCCCCCACCCAGCUACUCACUUCCCCCCACCCAGCUACUUACUUCCCCCCACACAGCUACUCACUUCCCCCCACCCAGCUACUCACUUCCCCCCACCCAGCUACUUACUUCCCCCCACACAGCUACUCACUUCCCCCCACCCAGCUACUCACUUCCCCCCACCCAGCUACUCACUUCCCCCCACACAGCUACUCACUUCCCCCCACACAGCUACUCACUUCCCCCCACACAGCUACUCACUUCCCCCCACCCAGCUACUCACUUCCCCCCACACAGCUACUCACUUCCCCCCACACAGCUACUCACUUCCCCCCACCCAGCUACUCACUUCCCCCCACCCAGCUACUUACUUCCCCCCACCCAGCUACUUACUUCCCCCCACACAGCUACUCACUUCCCCCCACCCAGCUACUCACUUCCCCCCACCCAGCUACUUACUUCCCCCCACACAGCUACUCACUUCCCCCCACACAACUACUCACUUCCCCCCACACAGCUACUCACUUCCCCCCACACAGCUACUCACUUCCCCCCACCCAGCUACUCACUUCCCCCCACCCAGCUACUCACUUCCCCCCACCCAGCUACUCACUUCCCCCCACCCAGCUACUUACUUCCCCCCACCCAGCUACUCACUUCCCCCCACACAGCUACUCACUUCCCCUCACCCAGCUACUCACUUCCCCCCACCCAGCUACUUACUUCCCCCCACCUAGCUACUCACUUCCCCCCACACAGCUACUCACUUCCCCCCACACAGCUACUCACUUCCCCCCACCCAGCUACUCACUUCCCCCCACACAGCUACUCACUUCCCCCCACCCAGCUACUCACUUCCCCCCACCCAGCUACUUACUUCCCCCCACACAGCUACUCACUUCCCCCCACCCAGCUACUCACUUCCCCCCACCCAGCUACUCACUUCCCCCCACCCAGCUACUCACUUCCCCCCACCCAGCUACUUACUUCCCCCCACCUAGCUACUCACUUCCCCCCACACAGCUACUCACUUCCCCCCACACAGCUACUCACUUCCCCCCACACAGCUACUCACUUCCCCCCACCCAGCUACUCACUUCCCCCCACCCAGCUACUCACUUCCCCCCACACAGCUACUCACUUCCCCCCACCCAGCUACUCACUUCCCCCCACACAGCUACUCACUUCCCCCCACCCAGCUACUCACUUCCCCCCACACAGCUACUCACUUCCCCCCACACAGCUACUCACUUCCCCCCACACAGCUACUCACUUCCCCCCACACAGCUACUCACUUCCCCCCACACAGCUACUUACUUCCCCCCACCCAGCUACUCACUUCCCCCCACCCAGCUACUUACUUCCCCCCACCCAGCUACUCACUUCCCCCCACACAGCUACUCACUUCCCCCCACCCAGCUACUCACUUCCCCCCACCCAGCUACUCACUUCCCCCCACACAGCUACUCACUUCCCCCCACCCAGCUACUCACUUCCCCCCACACAGCUACUCACUUCCCCUCACCCAGCUACUCACUUCCCCCCACCCAGCUACUUACUUCCCCCCACCUAGCUACUCACUUCCCCCCACACAGCUACUCACUUCCCCCCACACAGCUACUCACUUCCCCCCACCCAGCUACUCACUUCCCCCCACACAGCUACUCACUUCCCCCCACCCAGCUACUCACUUCCCCCCACACAGCUACUCACUUCCCCCCACACAGCUACUCACUUCCCCCCACCCAGCUACUCACUUCCCCCCACCCAGCUACUCACUUCCCCCCACCCAGCUACUCACUUCCCCCCACACAGCUACUCACUUCCCCCCACCCAGCUACUCACUUCCCCCCACACAGCUACUCACUUCCCCUCACCCAGCUACUCACUUCCCCCCACCCAGCUACUUACUUCCCCCCACCUAGCUACUCACUUCCCCCCACACAGCUACUCACUUCCCCCCACACAGCUACUCACUUCCCCCCACCCAGCUACUCACUUCCCCCCACACAGCUACUCACUUCCCCCCACCCAGCUACUCACUUCCCCCCACCCAGCUACUUACUUCCCCCCACACAGCUACUCACUUCCCCCCACCCAGCUACUCACUUCCCCCCACCCAGCUACUCACUUCCCCCCACCCAGCUACUCACUUCCCCCCACCCAGCUACUUACUUCCCCCCACCUAGCUACUCACUUCCCCCCACACAGCUACUCACUUCCCCCCACACAGCUACUCACUUCCCCCCACACAGCUACUCACUUCCCCCCACCCAGCUACUUACUUCCCCCCACCCAGCUACUUACUUCCCCCCACCUAGCUACUCACUUCCCCCCACCCAGCUACUCACUUCCCCCCACACAGCUACUCACUUCCCCCCACCCAGCUACUCACUUCCCCCCACACAGCUACUCACUUCCCCCCACCCAGCUACUCACUUCCCCCCACACAGCUACUCACUUCCCCCCACCCAGCUACUCACUUCCCCCCACACAGCUACUCACUUCCCCCCACACAGCUACUCACUUCCCCCCACACAGCUACUCACUUCCCCCCACACAGCUACUCACUUCCCCCCACACAGCUACUCACUUCCCCCCACCCAGCUACUCACUUCCCCCCACACAGCUACUCACUUCCCCCCACCCAGCUACUCACUUCCCCUCACCCAGCUACUUACUUCCCCCCACCCAGCUACUCACUUCCCCCCACACAGCUACUCACUUCCCCCCACACAGCUACUCACUUCCCCCCACACAGCUACUCACUUCCCCCCACACAGCUACUCACUUCCCCCCACACAGCUACUUACUUCCCCCCACCCAGCUACUCACUUCCCCCCACACAGCUACUCACUUCCCCCCACCCAGCUACUCACUUCCCCUCACCCAGCUACUUACUUCCCCCCACCCAGCUACUCACUUCCCCCCACCCAGCUACUCACUUCCCCCCACCCAGCUACUCACUUCCCCCCACCCAGCUACUCACUUCCCCCCACCCAGCUACUUACUUCCCCCCACCUAGCUACUCACUUCCCCCCACACAGCUACUCACUUCCCCCCACCCAGCUACUCACUUCCCCCCACCCAGCUACUCACUUCCCCCCACCCAGCUACUCACUUCCCCCCACACAGCUACUCACUUCCCCCCACCCAGCUACUCACUUCCCCCCACACAGCUACUCACUUCCCCCCACCCAGCUACUCACUUCCCCCCACACAGCUACUCACUUCCCCCCACCCAGCUACUCACUUCCCCCCACACAGCUACUCACUUCCCCCCACACAGCUACUCACUUCCCCCCACACAGCUACUCACUUCCCCCCACCCAGCUACUCACUUCCCCCCACACAGCUACUCACUUCCCCCCACACAGCUACUCACUUCCCCUCACCCAGCUACUCACUUCCCCCCACCCAGCUACUUACUUCCCCCCACCUAGCUACUCACUUCCCCCCACCCAGCUGACAUCCGCCCUUGCUCCCCUCUCGUUCCCUCCACCCAGCUACUGGCCAUGUCGUCUGAUUGUGAGGACUGCAUCCAUUGCCGAUCUGGUGUUCUUCUUACUAAUGGUGGGGGAUGGGGCAAUCGAGAAGCUGAUGAUGGCAGCAACAAGGGCUGGUGAGAUGUGA